AUGACCUCCAAAACAUGUGCCCGGCAAUGGGUCAUCAGUGGUGUCUUGCUAGAAUAUUAUAGUGGUGGUUCUUUGCAGCAUAUACUCGAUGGGCAACGUAUAGAAGCUUUUCCAUGGGAGCGGUGGCCCAUCCAGAUCGGCACUGCCUUGCAUCAUUUUCACAUGGCAAAGAAGACUUACAUGGACCUGAAACCUUCAAACCUCGUGAUCAACGGAGAUGGCGACGCGGUUUUGAUCGAUGUGAGCGGCAUUGGUAGAAUCACGCAUGAGUGGCGGGCACCGGAGAUCUGGGACGAAAUCUCUCCACUGGAGCUCUCACUCCAAGUGCGUCAAUUGAAUGACACAUGGGCUUAUGGAAAGCUUCUUCUACUCCUCGCCUCAAGCGCUGGAAAUAGCCCUUUCGUGUCUACUUUGAAGGAUGUAUCACCUCGUCUCACCGAAGAUGAUGUUCAGACUAGGUGGACUAUAUCUGAUACAAUCUGUCCCUUGGAAUCUGUUCAACUGGUUGACAAAUGGAAUUGA